AAAUACCCAGAUGCCACCUGAUGCCGAGUCUCUUUCUACUCUUAUUUCCCAGUGUGCUCAGCAGGGCCUCUAAAGACGAAGAAGCGGGUGGAGAUGGGAAGACAAGAUAAGGAGUCCUCAUAGCUCUCUGGGAAACGGGGUCCUGGGGCUGGCGCGGAGGCUCCUGGGUGGGGAGUAGCUCUGAAGAGAUUCUCCCGGCACCGGAAGUGGCUGCGGGGAGGCGCGUGUCAGAGGAGUUGGGUCUUCCGCUCCCACCCGUUUGGGGUCGAGUCUUUUAACCCGGCUGACCGCAGUCUCGAGGUGAGGAGACGCCGGGGCUGGGAUCGCUGAAGACGAGAGGUGACGGAAUGCUUUUGGGGCGACUUCGGCACUGGGCGAGUCGCCUUGGGCUGUGGGUAUCUAGGUGGAGUCUUUAGUCCUUGUUCGGAGUUACGAGCCAGGAUCUUGCUGAAGUGGUUUCCAUCUCUCACCAGCAGCCCUGAGAGGAUCGAUUCUAUUUUAUUUUAUUCUUGGGUGAGCAAACUGAGGCUGAAGGAGGGGGAAGACUUAUGUUCUGACUCCUCCUCCUCCUGCUUCUGGACGUUUUGGGGGCUCCUCCAGCAUGGCCAGAGUCAGCCCUAGGAGGAAAGGACAGUUUCUCCCAGGACGGGGAGCUUAAAGGAGGACUGGGCUGCUGGGCCCCCACUGGCUAUGGCUGAGGAAUUUGCGACCCUCAAGGACGUAGCCAUGGACUUCACCUUGGAGGACUGGGAGCAGCUGGGGCUGGACCAGGGGGACCUGUUCUGGGACACGGCACUGGACAACUACCAGGACCUCUUCCUGCUGAAUCCCCCCAGACCCAACCUGACCUACCAUCCAGAUGAUGGGGAAGAGCUGGCAGCCCUGGCAAAAGGAAGCCCAGAGUCAACAGGACCUGACACUGCUGAGGGCAAGACCUCUCCUCUGCCACAGGACUUCUUGGAAGAAGGACUCUCCCAGGAGGUUACCGAGAUGUUUUCCAAGGAUGGCCUCUGGAACUCCCAUCUGGAAGAAGCCUGCAUAGGCCAGAGCUGGUUAGAUAGUUUGCUCGGAGAUCCGGAAAGUCUUCUGAAGUCCAAUAUUGUUACCAGCAAGGAAAGUCCCACAGAAUGCAAGAGCCAUGAACUCGAGAGCCAUAAACUCAAGAGAGGCCUUGGUCCCAAGUCCCUCCUUUUCCCAGGAGCAGGUUCUGUGACUCUUGAUCUUCCUGAAAGGAGCCUGACACCAGCUAAGUCUCAGGAAAGUGGGAAUGACUUUGGGUGCUACUCAGACCAGAGCCAGCAGGAUAACAUCCAGGGAGGGGAGAAACCAUAUAAAUGUAGUCAGUGUGAGCAGAGCUUCAGCCAGAGCUACCGUCUGAUCCAGCACUGGAUUCUUCACACUAGGGAGGACCCCACUGUGCUUCAAGAGUAUGAGAAAGAUGUCAACCAGAGUUCUUGCCUUUUUGUGCAGUCAGUGACUCACACAGGCUCCAAGUCCUAUGUGGGUAACAAGUGCGGGAAGACUUCUAGUCAGAAUACACACCUCCUGUGGCAUCAGAACAUUCACAGUGAAGAAAAACCAUGUAAGAGUCAAGACAGUGAUGGUCCAGCAGGUCACGACUCACAGCCUGUUGAGCGUCACAAAAGCCCCCCAGGUGGUAAAUCCUACAAAUGUAAUGAAUGUGGCGAGAGUUUCAGCCAAACCUUUCAUCUCACCCGGCAUCAGAAAACCCACACUCGGAAACGCUAUGAAUGUGCCAGAUGCAAGGCGAUCUUCAAGUUUAACAAAUACCUCCUCCAACAUCAGAAAAUUCAUGCUGCAAAAACGACCGCUGUGUGUCAGGAGUGCGGGAAGGCCUUCAGGCGAAGCUCCUUGCUUGUCAAACACCAGUCUGUUCACACUGGAGAAAAACCUUAUAAGUGCGAUGAGUGUGGGAAACUCUUCAGCCAUAUCCUGACCCUAAAGACCCACCAGAGGGUUCACAGGGGCGAGAAGCCUUACAAAUGCAACAAAUGUGGGAAAGCCUUUUACCGGAACACUCACCUUAAUGAACACCAGAGGGUUCACACGGGCUACAGGCCCCACAAGUGCCACAAAUGCAUCAAGAGUUUCACCCGGCCCUCCCACCUAAAUCGACACCUGUCCGUUCACGCCACAGAAAAGCCCUACAGCUGUGCCGAAUGCAAGGAGACCUUCAGCCACAACGAACACCUUGUUCAGCACCAGAAAAUCCAUGCUGUGGAAACCCCCUACGAAUGUCAGGAGUGUGGUGAGCGCUUUAUUUGCCACUCGACCCUAACUUGCCACCAGAGCAUUCACACCAGAGAAAAACAAGGACUUGACAAGAGCGGGAAGAUCUUGAAUGAGAACCCAGAGCAGAGAGAGCCUCCAAGGGUCAGCGAGAAGCGCUUUAAGUGUAACAAAUGUGAGAAAACCUUCAGCUGCAGCAAAUACCUGACUCAGCACGAGCGGAUUCACGCCAGGGUGAAGCCCUUUGAGUGUAACCAGUGUGGGAAGGCCUUUGGCCAAAGUUCACAGCUCAUCCGCCACCAGAGGAUCCACUCUGGAGUGAAGCCGUAUGAAUGUGGGGACUGUGGAAAGGCCUUCGUUCGUAGUGCCUCCCUUGCCAAACAUCAGUCCACCCAUAAGAGUGAGCACCCCUUUCAAUGUAACAAAUGUGGAAUGACCUUCAGCCAAAGUGCAUGUCUCUCAGAACAUCAGUUAAUCCAAACUGCAGAGAAGCCCUUUAAACCUAACAAGUGUGACGAAGUCUUUGCCUACAGUAACCACCUUGUUCAGCAUCAGGGAACUCAGGCAGGAAAGAAGCCCUUUGAGCAAAAUGAAUGUGGGAAAACAUCGCAGCAGAGCUCGUGCCUUUCCAAGCAUCAGAGAAUUCACACAGGCGAGAAGCCCUAUGAAUGUGGUGACUGUGGGAAAACCUUCAACCUGGGCGCUCAACUCAUCCGACACCAGAGAGUUCACACCGGAGAAAAGCCUUACGUUUGUCAGGAAUGCGGGAAAGCCUUCAGCCAGAGCUCGUGCUUUUCUAAGCAUCAGAGAGUUCACACAGGUGAGAAACCCUACAAAUGUGGCGACUGUGGGAAAACCUUCAGCCUGGGUGCUGCACUCAUCCGACACCGGAGGAUUCAUACUGGAGAAAAGCCUUAUGUUUGUCAGGAAUGUGGGAAAGCCUUCAGCCAGAGCUCAUGCCUUUCUAAGCAUCAGAGAGUUCACAGUGGGGAGAAGCCUUAUGUGUGUGCCGUAUGUGGGAAAGCCUUCGCCCAGAAAGCAAAUCUGAUGCAGCAUCAGAGAACUCACACUGGGGAGAAGCCUUAUGCUUGUGAUGUGUGUGGGAAAGCCUUUGGCCUUAGAGCCCAUCUCAGUCAGCAUCAGAGAAUUCACACCAAGGAGAAACCACAUCAGUGUCCACAUUGUCAGAAAGCCUUGUGCUGCUGCUCAGGUCUCAGCCGACAUCAGUGAGUUCACACUCCAAAGUAACAGGUAGCAAUUCUGCCCAUGGCUGCUGGGUGGCAGCGGAUCCCAGACAUCUGAGAAUGUGUUCAUCCGAGGCCUAAAGUUGAAACCAUCCCAGUGUAAGCCCCUCCCCCCCAAGAGUAAUAAAUCUCUUUAUUAAUAAAGAUUGAUUAGAAAGUUUGCACGCAUGAGUUUCAUUAAAACAAUGAAAACACAAACAUUGAGAAGCUGUGGAGCUUUGGAAGUCAGAGGUAGACUGGAGCCAGUCUGCUGAGUUAAAUCCCAGCUCUGCCAUCUGCCACCUAAGUGACCUAGGGAAAGUCAUGAAACCUUUCAGGGCUUCAGUGUCCUCAUCUGUAAGAUAGGCAAAAUAAUAGCUACCUACUUCAUAGGGCUGUUGUGAGGAUAAAGAGAUGUAAAGCACUUUAGAACUAAGUGCCCAGCACAUAGUAAGUACUCACCAAGUGUGAGCUACAAACGUGCAUCAGAUAUAACAAAUAUACUCUUUUACAUUAAAAGGAAGAGAAAACUAAGCAACCCUCUAUCUUUAUUUCACUGCAGUUAACAUUAUUACUAAUAAUGUGCAUGGCUUUUAUUUUUAAAGUUUUCCACCAAAAUAUCCUUGGCUUCGUUGGAUCCAAAAACCCAGUACUUUGCUCUUAAAAAAAAAAAAAAAAGCCUA